AUGGCCGCCCAGUUGGACGAAUACGUGAUCCAGCGACGGCUCGCGCCCGCGCUCUUUGGCGACGUGCUGCUGUGCCAGCACCGGCCCUCGGGCGACCUCGUGGCCGUGAAGCGCGUGUUGCAGAGCGCCGCGCGGGCGCAGCGCACGCUGUCGAGCCACAAGAAGGUGCACGAGAACGUGGCGCUCGAGCGCGCGCUGUACCACGAGCUGCGGCGCGUGGGCGGCCACCCGAACGUGCUGGCGCUGCGCGACGAGAUGGAGGUCGACGGCUACGUGUACCUCGUGUCGGACUUUUGCGCGCGGGGCGAACUGUAUGCGCUCGUGAGCGCCGCCGACCGCGGGCACCUCCCGGUCGCGCGCGUGCAGCGGUACGGCCGCCAGAUCGCGCGCGGCGUGUCGUUUCUGCACGCGCACGGCUUUGCGCACCGCGACCUGUCGCUCGAGAACGUGCUCGUGACGGACGACGACCAGUGCCAAGUGUGCGACUUUGGCCUCGCGGCGUCGACGACGCAGCGCCGUCGCGAGACGGUGGGAAAGCUCUUUUACAUGGCGCCCGAAGUGCUGGCGGCCGUGCCGUACAGCGCGGCAAAGGCCGACGUCUGGUCGCUCGGCGUCAUGCUCUUCAUCAUGCUGGUCGGGGCCCCGCCCGUCGAGACGGCGUCGUCCAUGGACGCGCGUUUUCGUUUGAUGACGAACAAGGGCGUGCGGCAUUUGCUCGACCGGUGGGGCCUGACGUCGGACCUCCCGGCGGCGGCGGUCGACCUGCUCGCUGCGAUGCUCGAGGUGGACCCGGAGCAGCGCAUUGCGAUGGAUCAAGUGGUGGCCCACCCGUUCUUACGGUGCACAAGCGACAGCAAUAGCUCUCGUGCUGCCUCUAUUGCUACUGCUACUGCUACUGCUGCUGCUGCUGCUGUUGUGGUUCCGGGGCAGCAGGUGGAGGUCCCCGAGAGACAGCAGACGCGGGCGACGUCGCCAGUGAAGUACCAUCCGCCGCAGCCUGCGACACCGUCGUACUCGUCAGCAGCGGCUCCGUCCAUGUACGUGGCGCGUCCGGAGUCGGACGGCGUUGCACGCAGCGGCUGUCGUCUCCUGCUGCACAAGAUCCACUGCUUCUUCUCGCGUCGUCGCAACAAGCGCGUGAUGGCGGUGGCCCACCGUCAGUCUGGCUUUUCGACCCGAGCCGUCGUCAAGCGCUUUGUGGGCGCUGCAUGA